AUGGCCAGUCUCUCACUGUCAUUAGAUCCUGCUGCCCUAGUUCGGCUUCACGACUUCCUGAUAUGUCUAUCCAAGUUCAGCGACACUGUUGCCAUUGAAGCGGAGCAUGACCGGUUGCGGUUGAGCGCUUUGAACAGCACAAAGACGGCAUUCGCUUCUUUCGUUUGCGAGAAAGAGGCUUUCUUCGAGAGCUAUUCGUUCAAUGUGCGGAGAGAUAGUCGGUCCCGGUAUGAAAGUCCCAGCGAGGACUCGGAGCGAUUUUAUUGCCAGAUAUUGAUUCGGGCACUUCUUUCGAUCUUCCGAGGGAGAGUGGAUCGACACAAGGAUACGGCUGUUGAGCGAUGCGAUAUGGAACUCCAUGAAGAUUCCCAUCAAGCGGAGUGCCGGCUCAACGUCAAGAUAUAUUGUGCAUUAGGCGUUAUUAAAUCAUACAAGCUCACCUACGAACCGGCGGCGAUUCAGCAUGCCGUUUUUGAUAGGAGUAGAACAACGAGUCAAUGGACCGCAUGUCCACGAUUCUUGAAGCAGAUCAUCGAGCAUUUCAGUAUGUCGGCAGAGCAACUGGACAUGUGCGCCGAAGGAGACAAAGCUACAUUCACGAGUUUCACGACAAAGAUUACAGACGGGAAAGAGGUCCUCAAGAACCCAGUUCACACAUCCGUAUGCUCGGAUAAGAAAGACUUUGAAGAAUUCCUCGUCGAAGACCACAUGCACAUCGCCAUCAACCUAAAAGACUUCAAAGCAGCAGUCGCACAUGCCGAAACAGGAAGCGCGACUAUCACAGCCCGGUACACCCGCCCCUGCAAACCGCUACAACUAGCAUACGAAAUGGAAGGAAUCAGUGCCGAAUUCACACUCAUGACGCGCGGGGAAGUCGACGACGAGGAAACACCCUCCGCCCGAGCCGUGAUCCCACAAUUCUCGCAGCGGUCCGCGCCGACCCCGGCGCCCAUUUCAGUGAGUCGGACUGAGACGCCGCGUGUGGCGGUAAAUACUGUGAUGCCGCCUCCACCUGCCCGGGCGCGGUCCAUUCGCCCAUUGAAUGGGAGUUCGACGCAGGAUAAUCUUACGCCACGGCCGACGAUGGAUCGGCCUUCGGCUUCUGCGUCGAUGGAGUUUGAUAGUCUUUUUGUGCCGGCUGAUGAUGAUCGGCAGUGGGAUGAGAUGAAUGACGAGGAGGAAGACCCUCAGGAUAUCCUUGGUUGGGAUGCGUCGGGACGGGAGACGAUUGAGCCCGUUUUGCGGGAUAUUGAGCCGGAUAUGCCGAAGCCGGGUAGUUCUUGCAAAAGGGCGCAGAAUGACGACGAUAUGGGCCUUCCGCCGACGCAGCGCAUGUCUCAAGUUCGCGGAUUUGGACUUUUUGACUGA